AUGACCAAUAUCGAUGAGCUCUUCAAGAAACCAUUGGUUGCAGGAAGCUCCAAGCGCAAGUUCGAACCGCUUCAAGAUCCCAAUGAGGUCUACAAAUCCGCGAAGCUAGACUCCGAUGCCGAUGUAAGGUCCAGAGGAAAGGAAGCCAUGGUGGAGGAUGAAAUCGACGAUGACGGCGAGGCCGGUCCUGAAAUGCCCCCAGACAUGGACACUGAAGAUGCCCCAGACGACGAGGAAGGCCGAUUCUUUGGUGGAGGGAUGGAGCAAAAAACCGCGCAGGCGAUGGAGUAUAUUGACCAGCAAGAAGAGGACGAAACUGCGCCCGAAAAGUUCGACACAACAUGGGUCCGACGAUUCGCGUUGAACUUUGAGAAAAAGAUAUCCAAGAACGCCGAGCUACGAGCAAAGUUCGAUAAUGACCCACAAAAGUUCAUGGCAUCCGAAGCUGACCUAGACACCGAAAUCAAGGGAUUAUCCAUCUUGUCAGAGCACCCGGAGCUUUACGAGGAGUUUGCAAAGCUUGGCUGCGUGGGCUCAUUGAUCUCACUGCUUUCACAUGAAAAUGCGGAUAUCGCGAUCGAUGUCAUUCAGAUCAUCGGUGAGCUUACGGAUGAGGAUGUGGAGGCCGAACAAGAACAGUGGGAUAGCUUGGUCAACUCGAUGAUGGAUGCCGACCUUAUUGAGUUGUUGACUUCUAAUCUGACGCGUCUCGACGAAAAUGUGGAAACUGAUAGAGCUGGCGUUUAUUAUAUUCUCGGUGUACUGGAAAAUCUAUGCUCUCAGACUUCUGUCGCAGAAAAAAUUGGUCAGGAUGCUUCUGUACUUCAAUGGAUCUUGACUCGUAUUCAGAAGAAAGAAACGCCUGUCAGUCAGAACAAGCAAUACUCCGCAGAGGUCCUGGCGAUUCUAUUGCAGUCUUCAUCAAAAAACCGAGAAAAGUUUAUCGAACUUGAGGGUAUCGACACUAUCCUUCAAAUUCUCAGUCAAUAUCGGAAACGGGAUCCUCAAAAGGACUCUGAUGAAGAAGAAUAUGUGGAGAAUCUUUUUGAUGCUUUGAUCUGCUUGCUUGAAGAAACAGCCGGAAAAGAAAAAUUUGUUGAGGCUGAAGGCAUCGAAUUGGCAUUGAUUAUGCUCAAGGAGGGCAAAUUCAGCAAACCACGUGCACUAAGGGCCCUUGAUCACGCCUUUGGUGGAGCAGCGGGUGGUCCAGCUUGCGAGCGACUGGUUGAAGCGGUUGGACUCAAGACAAUUUUCGGGAUGUUCAUUAAAAAGCAAGAAGGACAAAACAUUGAGCAUCUGCUGGGCAUCUUUGCUUCGCUUCUCCGGCUUCUACCAGGCGGGUCGGCACCGCGUAUUCGAACACUAGCCAAGUUUAUGGAGAAGGAUUACGAAAAGAUUGAGAAGCUCAUCAAAUUGAGACGAGAGUAUGCCGCACGUGUGGCACCGGUCGAACAAUCCAUCAAGAAAGAGCGUGAAUCCUAUUCACCGGAGGACCAGAAAAUCAUGGCUGAUGAAUGGCUAUCCCGUCGAUUUGACGUGGGACUCUUCUCCUUGCAAACAAUCGAUGUUGUUUUGGCUUGGUUGGUUGCGGAGGAUGACGGAGCUAAGAAGAAAAUUGUGUCUUUAUUAGCAGACCGCGGUGAAGACUUGUCUCUAAUUCGGGAAACCUUGCAAGAACAAAUGCAAGGCCUUGGCGACGAGGAUCAAGGGCAGAAAGAUACCAAGGAUAUGCUGAGCACCUUAUUGCAAUUUGUUUGA